UUUAGGACGUAGUUUGGCCUGCUAAUGUUGUCCUCGUGGUUUUGCUUUUUCAUUUGAAAGGAGGCAGCAACUCGGACAUGGAUGACAAGUCAGUGAGCAAAGAGUUGGACUUGUGGAUUGAACAGCUCAUUGAGUGCAGGCAGCUCAAAGAAAAUCAAGUCCGAGCACUUUGUCAAAUGGCCAAAGAGAUCCUGCAAAAGGAGUCCAAUGUUCAGGAGGUGAGAUGUCCAGUGACGAUAUGUGGAGAUGUUCACGGUCAGUUCUAUGACCUCAUGGAGCUUUUUAAGAUAGGCGGGAAGCCCCCGGACACCAACUAUCUCUUCAUGGGAGACUAUGUGGAUAGAGGCUACUAUUCUGUUGAGACGGUGACCCUCCUUGUUUGUCUGAAGGUCAGAUUUCGUGAAAGAGUCACCAUUCUGAGAGGAAACCACGAGACGAGACAGCUCACACAUGUCUACGGCUUCUACGACGAAUGCCUGAUGAAAUAUGGAAAUGCCAAUGUUUGGAAGCAGUUUACCGAUCUAUUUGAUUAUUUACCUCUAACUGCACUGGUUGAUAACCAGAUUUUGUGCCUACAUGGAGGAUUGUCUCCUUCAAUAUUAACACUGGAAACCAUCAGAGCAUUGGAUCGCUUCCAGGAGGUUCCUCACGAGGGUCCAAUGUGUGACUUGUUGUGGUCCGACCCAGAUGAGCACUAUGGUUGGGACAUUUCGCUCCGUGGUGCCGGUUACACCUUCGGCCAGGACAUCUCAGAGACUUUUAAUCAUGCAAACGGCCUCACUUUGGUUUCUCGAGCCCAUCAGCUGGAGAUGGAGGGCUUUAACUGGUACCACGACAAAAAUGUCGUGACGAUCUUCAGUGCACCAAACUAUUGUUAUCGUUGUGGAAACAAGGCAGCAAUCAUGGAACUUGAAGACACUCUGAAAUGCUCAUUCCAACAGUUUGACCCGGCCCCCCGCAAAGAACAGCCCCAAUCAUCAUGGCGAUUUCCAGACUACUUCCUCUAAAGAUCUCCACAUGGUCAUCUAAUAUGUGCCACCGACGAUAAGGAACCGGAAGCAGGAGCUCUACCAUCUCCCUCUGCAUGUCAAAAAGAGUUUCAGUGCAAAACAAUUGUCAAGUAGGGCAUUUGCAUGAUAGCACUUAGGGCAGUGAUGUAUAAUUAUCAGAGGGCUGAAAAUGUUCUGUUCAUUGAGUUUAACUUUCUGUCACAAUGGCGGCAGACUUUGCGCACUCUACAAAAGUGCAAAUUGUAUCAACGCUGAAGACUUCAUAUUUUGCAGGCAAUAAUGAAGCACAGACGUCUAGAAAUACAUCGCCAAUGUAGGGAUGCCCAAGAAUUUUUUUUAAGACUCAUACAUUGCUGCAUAUCAUGAACCACCAGAUACCAUGCAGAUAGUGCUCGUAGACUCUAUGCGUUUGUCCUUUGGAGAGGCAGAUGAGUACCAAAUACUGUAUACGAUAUAUGAAACACCCCAAAGCUUGGACUUGAACUGCGUUUUUGAAUUUAAAAGAAAUAUGACUCCAAAGUUAACUGCAAGAUGUCAUUGCUUUUAUACAUUUAUUUUUCAUUUUAUAACAAUGCUAAAUGAAUUGAGUUACU